AUGCCCCCUCCUCCUCGCCCCAGCCGUGGCAGACCCGGCUUUUCUAAACAGGACGAGGAUCUCUGGAAGGCUUAUGCCAAAGGACUCCAGGCAAGAUUCUUCAGCAAUUUUGACACAAAGAAUGAGAUCUUCUAUGCUGCUCCCGUCGGGUUGCUCGGCAUCCCUGGUGGUGACAACAUCACUCAAGAAAUCACUAACAAAGGAGUUUACGAGAUUGGUGAUGCUCUCAUGCAGUUGGACGCCCCUGUGUUCGCUUCCGGGGGCAAGAAGUACUCUCAGCGACUUCAAGAAGUUCUAGGGGCCGUGAGGCUCGGACGGAAUCGAGAUAUGGGUGCCGAGAAACGAAUGAACGACAUCCAAGCAAAAGUCAGAAAACUUAACGCAGAGUAUGCAGAGUUGAGCGAGAAAGCAAUGGAAAGUUACGCGGCCGACGAAGAUAAAGGCAACAUGCCUUUCGGACAGUGGGUUUCAAUGAACUACCCGAGUUUUGUCGCUUUAUCUCGAGAAAAGCAAUCCGCCGCUGCGACUGAAGCAUCUCUGCGCGCUCAGAUUGCCGGACCUGGCGCUGAUCAGCUCAAUAGACAGAGGCAGAGGCUGUUCAACGCCUGCGAACCGGAUAGGGACCAUCCUGGUCUCAACAUGCCAUGUGCCCUAAGCUUUGGCAACAUCACCAAUGGUUCUUCUGAUCUCUCCCAGGAGAGCGGUAAAUUGCCGAGACCUGCUUAUACCAUUGACAACUUGUACAGAGAUACGGUCGGAAACUGGACCAGGGGCUCCACCAGCGAGAACAAGCUGAACCUGACCUUCAACAUCAAUGAUGCCAAGUCAGACAAUUGGGACAAGUUUGGUUUCGUCAAUGCGAACGCCAAUUCACGCUUCACUUAUUUCUUCACGGCGACCUACUUCCAGGACCGUCAGAAGAAAGAGGAUGUCAUCACGGCUCAGGAUGUCGGUUCUGAACUCUCAGUGAAUCUGUCAGCGGCCGAGGCUGGCGUCUUUACUGUCAAGGCAGGUGACUGGGAUGUGCCUAACAUUAUGGAGGAGUACCGAGAUUUCCAGCCCGACGCUGCUCGUAACAUUGGUCCUGCGGCCAGAGUUGACCAAGUCAUUCUGGCUUACAAAGUGUUCUUGAAGAUCUCCUUGCCAGCUAAUGUGGCCGAUCGUGUCAAUGACCUAACUCAAAAGGCCAAGAGUUCCGGGGGAUCAGUGAGCCUCUUUGGGUUUGAGGUUGGGUUUGGUGGGGGAAGCAAGGAUGAGGUCAACAUCUCUGGUUCGUCUAUUGAAAUUCGCAAGGACCUUGGAUAUCCUGUGUUAUUGGGUGUAAAGGGCAAGAAACUUCCAGGUCUUCAAACUGGUCGCUAGUUGGAUGUGCCCAAGCACUGAGAGGACUGUUGAAGUGGACACCAUACUGUUGGAUAAGGAGUUCUCAUUGUAGAUAUUAUGCGCAGGACUGAAUACAAAUGAUGCUAAAGAACGGUACAAUAUAGUAUUUGAC